GCAGAGCAGCGAGCGAGGGCGUCGGCCAUUUUGUGGCUGUUUCCUGUGGGACGCGGUGGUGGCGGUAGGGUCGGACGAGUGAGCGACUCUUCGGCUAGUUUUUCCUGCUUGUUUUCUCCUCCCUUUUUUUUUGUCGGUAGAGCGCAGUUAUGGGUCGCAAGAAGAAGAAGCAGCUGAAGCCGUGGUGCUGGUAUUGUAAUAGAGAUUUUGAUGAUGAGAAGAUCCUUAUACAGCACCAAAAAGCAAAGCAUUUUAAAUGUCAUAUAUGUCAUAAGAAAUUGUAUACAGGACCUGGCUUAGCUAUUCAUUGCAUGCAGGUGCAUAAAGAGACAAUAGAUGCAGUACCAAAUGCAAUACCUGGGAGAACAGACAUAGAGUUGGAAAUAUAUGGUAUGGAAGGUAUUCCAGAAAAAGACAUGGAUGAAAGAAGACGACUUCUUGAACAGAAAACACAAGCAGAGAGUCAAAAAAAGAAACAACAAGAGGAUUCUGAUGAAUAUGAUGAUGAUGACUCUGCAGCUUCAACUUCAUUUCAACCACAGCCUGUUCAACCUCAACAAGGUUAUAUCCCCCCAAUGGCACAACCAGGACUACCACCAGUUCCAGGAGCACCAGGAAUGCCUCCAGGCAUACCUCCAUUAAUGCCAGGUGUUCCUCCUCUGAUGCCAGGAAUGCCACCAGUUAUGCCAGGAAUGCCACCUGGAUUGCAUCAUCAGAGAAAAUACACCCAGUCAUUUUGCGGUGAAAACAUAAUGAUGCCAAUGGGUGGAAUGAUGCCACCUGGACCGGGAAUACCACCUCUGAUGCCUGGUAUGCCACCAGGUAUGCCCCCUCCUGUUCCACGUCCUGGAAUUCCUCCAAUGACUCAAGCACAGGCUGUUUCAGCGCCAGGUAUUCUUAACAGACCACCUGCACCAACAGCAACAGUUCCAGCUCCACAGCCUCCAGUUACUAAGCCUCUUUUCCCCAGUGCAGGACAGAUGGGGACACCUGUAACAAGCUCAAGUACAGCUUCAUCCAAUUCAGAAAGUCUGUCUGCGUCUUCUAAAGCUCUGUUUCCUAGCGCAGCACAAGCUCAGGCAGCUGUCCAAGGACCUGUUGGUACAGAUUUCAAGCCCUUAAAUAGUACGCCUGCAACAACUACAGAACCCCCGAAGCCUACAUUCCCUGCAUAUACACAGUCUACAGCUUCAACCACUAGUACAACAAAUAGCACUGCAGCUAAACCAGCAGCUUCAAUAACAAGUAAGCCUGCUACACUUACGACGACCAGUGCAACCAGUAAGUUGAUCCAUCCAGAUGAGGAUAUAUCGCUGGAAGAGAGAAGAGCACAGUUACCUAAAUAUCAACGUAAUCUUCCUCGACCAGGACAGGCUCCCAUUGGUAAUCCACCUGUUGGACCAAUUGGAGGUAUGAUGCCACCACAGCCAGGCAUCCCACAGCAACAAGGAAUGAGACCCCCAAUGCCGCCUCAUGGUCAGUAUGGUGGUCAUCAUCAAGGCAUGCCAGGUUAUCUUCCUGGUGCUAUGCCGCCGUAUGGGCAGGGACCGCCAAUGGUGCCCCCUUACCAAGGUGGGCCUCCUCGACCUCCGAUGGGAAUGAGACCUCCUGUAAUGUCGCAAGGUGGCCGUUACUGAUCUUACUUCAUCCAGUCUAAUAGGUUUGGAGAUUAAACCUUUUCUCAACUUGUGCUGUUUAUAUAGCCAAGCUUCCGUCAAUAAGGCUUCAUUGUGACUUUAACAAACAUUAUCUUCCCACAUACCAGGAACUAUUGGACAUUUAUUUUACAUGGGAAAAUUUAUUUGGAAUAAUAAAGCAGGAACUUUUCCUGAAGUUGCAAUUUAUACUGUAUGGCUUCUUUUUCAUGUUUCAUCUAGGUUUUUAGAAGUGAAGUAUAGUAAAUUUGGUUCGUUAUAUUGUGAAGGCGCUGGAAUUACAUGAACAUACCACCCUAAUAAAGGCAAGUUCUGUAAGCUUAUGUUGCUAUUUGUAAAGUUAUGCCUUCACAGCAUUUCAGAUGCUGUUGGACUUCAUGUCCCCAACCUAGCUUGGUGAGGGCUGUAACUGUCUUCAAGUACCUGUACAUUGGAAGUCAAUGUGUAACAAUAUUUAAUGUAUUUAGAGUUCCUCAUGUUUCAGGGUUUAAGAAAUCUGACCCACCAAGGUCAUGUGACUUUUCUGUACUGUUAAACUUCAUUGUAAUAAAAUGAGAGAAAAAUUUAUGCCUUUUUAUUCAUAACCCAGCUGUGGACCACUGCCUGAAAGGUUUGUACAGAUGCAUGCCACAGUAGAUGUCCACAUAAUAAAAUUCGUAGUUAUACCAA